AUGAGCCAAGCGCUUUGUUUAAAUGGGAAACUACUCUCGGAAAAAUCGCUCCGAUCGUCAACGUCGCUAAAAAAGCCCUUAAUCAACCAAUUCCAACAAACAAGUGGUGGGGGGAAUCUAAUUCACGCCAACCCUUCGAACCUUUCCGAGAACGCUGCGGCGUGGAGUCUACCGUACGCAAUGUUUUUGCGGAAAGAAGCCCCAUUUGGUUUGCAGGCGUAUUACCCCUACACGUAUCGUGAGAUAGCACCUGUAGUUAAUGGAACCGUUAAAUGGUACACACAUGGAGCUCACAAUGAUCUAACUCUUUCGGCGCAAGAGUUUAGCAACUUGACUACGUACGAGAUAUAUUCCUGGAAUGAUAUGGGUGUUCAACUCCACAUUUGUGACCCUAAUACCGGUGGGUACAUAGAUUCUGCACUCGUAAGCGGCAUGGCUUUCGUUUCGGCCACGUACAACGGUCUCACCCCGCGCAUUAGCACGGAGUUUAACAUCAUCUCUCUGGACGACUCGGUACCAGGUAAAUUUGUCAUCCAUCUCAACAACAACCAGACGUGGGUACUGUAUACCAGUGACAAGAGCAUCUCGUUCCGCGUGGAGGAGUCGGUGGCUUUCUCUGUGAACGCGUCUGGCUCGUCGCUCGUAGCAGACUGCGCGUACUCUGGAACGAUUCGAAUAGCAGUGCUUCCUGAGAGCGCAGAAGACACAAUUUACGAUGAUUUCGUGUCCUGUUUGGUGCGAGGCGGCACUAUUUCGAUGGAGUCGCGGACUGCUUACUCGCUUCACUGGGAUGUUGAGGGCAGUACCUGUGAGUCAGCGGGUCUACUGCACUUCGCGCUGCCACACCAGGUAGACUCGAUGGAUGGGUAUCCUGCAACGGCGGAAACUCCAGGUGCUAUAUUGCUACACUCGCCCACACGAGGGUUAAUGGUUGGUCAAAAGUCAACGACAUGGUCAUUUGUAGUGCCUGAAGCUGACAUAGAGAUCGACUUUUAUCCAGCUCACAAGCUGCAUCCUUCGAUUGUCAAAGAGUUUCACAUGGUUCGUACGCUGCACGACGACAUCUACGCCAACUGGUCCUUGGGUACUGGUAGCUGGUAUUUCAACGGUAAGCUUUUCCAGAAGUACGCUUCGCUGUGUCUGAUGGCAGCGGACGGCGCGGUAAUGGGUACGAACACGACGUUGCUGAAAUUCUGUCUGAACAAGCUCGAGACAUUGAUUGAGCCGUUGCUGAACAAUACCUUAUCGCCAGUUCUUGUAUACGAAACGCUCUACAGAGGCAUCGUCUCCAGAGCGAUUUUUGACACUGGAGAGCCUUUUACGGACUUUGGCAAUGGAAUAUACAAUGAUCACCAUUAUCACUUUGGCUACUACGUGACGUCGGCGGCCAUUCUCAAGUUUCUGGAUCCAAACUGGUCUCGAAUGCCGGAGUUGGAAGAUUUGAUCUGGACGAUGGUGCGCGAUGUGGCCAAUCCAAGCAAUAAGGAUUGUUACUUCACUACAUUCCGCCAUUUCUCCUGGUUUCAUGGCCACUCAUACUCACGUGGUGUCGCACUAUCCGACCAAGGCAAGGACGAGGAAAGUACGUCUGAAGACAUCAAUUUUUACUACGGUAUGACUAUGUGGGGUAGAGUGACUGGCUGCAAGGAAGUGGAGGAUCUGGGAAGUCUAAUUCUCCGUCUGAACGCGCGUGCAAUCCGUACGUACUUCCUACUGACGUCGGAUAACACUGUUCACCCGCCCGAGAUUGUGCGAAACCACGUCACUGGUAUUUUCUUUGAUAACAAGGUCUUCUACAACACGUGGUUUCUCGAUAAAGUCUAUGCGAUUCAUGGUAUUCAGAUGCUUCCUGUGUUACCAAUCAGUGCUAUUUUUCGCACACCAGAGUUUGUCAUACAGGAAUGGAACAACAUUCUUUCCAAGGACGAGAUUGUAGUCGCGGAGAACAGUAAAGAGCCGUGGUUGUCGUUGUUGUUGGUUAAUGCAGCGGUUUUGGACCCGAUGAAUUCCGUGCGGAAACUGAUUCGCGCGAACAUGGAUGACGGUCUGACCCUAUCAUUGGCGAUAUACAUGGCUGGCUCUACCCCCCAAAGCCGAUCUUGCUACGGUGAGUCAAACCUCCACGUAGAAGGUAGCGGUUAG